AUGUCGAACGACGAGAAUAAUGCAGCUGAGGCAGCGGCUGAACUUGAAAAGUUAGACUGUCGUCGCAAUCGUCGCACGUCACUUCAAUUUAUAGACAAAAAUGUUAUUCGGCGACGUUCAUCUGGUAACGAAAAACAAGGACAACCACCACCACAACGUUUAUACUCCAUCAGUUCGCAUCCUGAUAGAGAAUCUUCUGAUUUAGAUCAUUUACAACAAUAUACAACUGCAAGUGAUAGUGAUAGUGAUGCAGAAGAUGAAUGCAGUGUUAACAUACGCGAAUUGGAACAUAAAAAUCAAGCAGGCUUUACAGAUUUUGCUGUUCGCCGUAUAAAACAUGCACAGUAUGGCCGACGAGAAAUAGAGAUUGCUGAACAAGAAAUGCCCGGUCUUAUGGCAUUACGUCGUCGUGCCGAAGUUGACAAACCAUUGCAGGGAGCAAAAAUUGUUGGUUGUACACAUAUAAUCGCUCAAACAGCUGUUUUAAUUGAAACAUUGAUACGAUUGGGAGCUCAAGUACGAUGGUGUUCUUGUAAUAUAUUUUCUACUCAAAAUGAAGUAGCUGCUGCACUCGCUGAAGAAUCAGUUCCAAUAUUUGCAUGGAAAGGUCAAAGUGAUGAUGAUUUUUGGUGGUCUAUUAAAAAAGCAAUUGGCACCGAACAAGGUUGGCAACCGAAUAUGAUACUAGAUGAUGGGGGAGAUUUAACACACUAUUGUCACAAACAUUAUGCAACAUUAUUUUCAACAAUGAAAGGUAUUGUCGAAGAAUCGGUUACCGGUGUCCAUCGUUUAUAUCAAAUGUGUCGUACGCAAACAUUAACCGUACCAGCGAUGAAUAUUAAUGAUAGUGUUAUAAAAACCAAAUUUGAUAAUUUAUAUCUAUGCCGGGAAUCAGUCAUUGAUGGUAUAAAGCGAUGUACAGAUAUUUUAUUUGGAGGAAAGCAAGCGGUUGUUUGUGGAUAUGGUGAAAUUGGCAAAGGAUGUUGCUCAGCAUUACGUGGAAUGGGUUGUUUUGUCUUUGUAACAGAAAUCGAUCCAAUAUGUGCAUUACAAGCAUGUAUGGAAGGAUAUCGAGUUGUUCGUCUUGAAGAAAUCAUUAAACAAGUUGAUAUUGUUGUUACUGCAUCUGGCAGUAAAUUUACCAUAACAAGAGACUCAUUGGACAAAAUGAAAAAUGGAACCAUUGUUUGUAAUAUGGGACAUUCAAAUACAGAAAUCGAUAUCAGCUUCUUACGCGAGCCUUCAUCAAGCGAUUUACAGGUUGAACAUGUAAGAAAUAAUGUCGAUCAUGUUAUAUGGCCAAAUGGCAAACGUAUCGUACUGAUUGCAGAGGGUCGAAUUAUGAAUUUAUGUUGUUCAAGUGUUCCAUCAUUUGUUGUUUCAAUAACAGCAGCAACACAGGCUUUGGCUUUAAUUGAACUUUACACUGCGCCAACAAAUCGUUAUAAAUGCGAUGUUUAUUUAUUACCCAAAAAAAUGGACGAAUACGUAGCAAGUUUACAUCUACCUGCAUUUGAUGCUCAUCUAACGGAAUUAAGUGAUGAUCAAUGCAAAUAUUUGGGUAUUAACAAAGCGGGACCAUUUAAACCAAAUUACUACAGAUCAUUAUCUAAAUUGUAUCAAUUGACCGGCGAACUUGAGAGCGUGAGAGAAAUGCAAAUUAAUGAUGUGAAUAUGCACAUUGAUUACAUCAUAUCAAAUUACCGAACUCAUUUUGAAAUAUGA